CUAAUCUCUGUCCGGGAAACCACCCCUAAAUGUUACAAGUGUUUUUGCUCAUGGACAGAUUAAGACCUAAUUAGACACAGCUAUAAAUAUCAGCUGAAUCCAAUUAGCACCAAAUAUUCCCCAUGGAUACAGGACCAGAAAGACCCGAAUUGACCAGGAGCUAUGAGGGCACAUCACUAUCUGACAUGGACAAAGGCUUUUGUACAGAUCAAAGUAUAUCAUCACUAUCUGUGAUUUCAACCGAUGUUUCCCUGAAACCAAGUAAAAGCAUUGUGUUGGAGUAUUCAGAGCCUAACCCUACGGUUUUACCACGUCUGAACUACGCAAUGAGUAUUUUGUCCCCUCUGUUUGCGGUCAGCAAAAACAUUCUAUCCCCAGGCAACACCUUAAAUACUAGGCCGAACAGUCCAGUGGAAGACAAGUCCUCCACACCCUAUGAAAGGGUGAAAUUUGAAAAAUCCAUUGUGGUAGACUCGCUGGACCUGUCGUGUGUUGACCUGACCACCACCCAUCCCUCAUGGGAAGUGUCCCUCGUAAACCCCAUGGUGGAGAGCCCGAAGUCAUGCUUGGAGUCUACAUGGAGUCCCAUUGACCCAUCAGCACCUCCUGAGAUCCCACUGAUGUGGUCAGGAACAUCACCAUGUCCAAAUGUUUCAGAAGACCUCCAGCACUCCUGGAAAGAAAUGGUCUUGCUGAGAUCUGGUCGAGUUCCUGCAAACUUAGAAUUUAGGGAUGACCAGCAGAGUUUUUUGGACUUGGCAAUUUGAUAUUUGGGGCAACAUGAUGCUUUCUAGAAUGGUAUUCACAACUAUGUUAAUGUAUAGUAUACGUGUAUUUGUGUUGAAAUGUUGGAAUAUUAUUCAAAUGAUUGAAAGCUUUUUCAUAAAUUAAAAUCUCUUAAAAUGCAAUUCAAAUGUAGAAAUGUGAAGUUUAAUUUAUAAAUGUGUGUGGCAACUAGGAUGAAUAGUCCUAGAGAGAACUGAUGGAAACUGCCGACAUGGCAAAGCAGAUAUUAAACCCUGGCCGAAGAGAUCCUCUGACACUCAAUCCUCCUGUUAAAAACAGGCUGCUGAAUACUUGUUGUACAAGAAUUUACAAGAUCAAUGUUCAAAAUUUGUAGACCUCAGAUUAGUGACCUCAAAAUGGUGUUUAAGAUCUACACAAUUUAACAAAACAAUUAUAUACAUUUCAAAACAUUUAUUUUCAGGUUCAAAAUGAUGACAUGCACCCCACUUAGUGUGUACAUAUACAGUUAUGUUCAAAAUAACAGCAGUGAACUAAUAAAAGUGAAAAGUGCAAAAA